AACGCGUCAUUUUUCAAACUUCAAUUUCCUUUUCAUUUCUUGGUUGACCGACGAUACCCACCAACUCCACCACCUCAUUCCGCCGUGCUCAGCUCUCUUACUAGGGUUUACUCUACGUCUUCUUAACUCAUAUAAGACGCAAGUUUUUGUACCUAUAACUGAAGACCAAUUUUGCAGUUCAACUGUUCGACGAUUUGCCCCAAUUAAUCACAACGUAAAUUUCUUCUACUCUAACCUUUUUUCAAUUUCAGUGAAUUAUCUAUCUCUCUGAUAAAUUGGAAGUUGGGAAAAAGAUAAAAGUUGAAAUUUUUUAAGGUUGUUUUGUUCUCUGUUUGCUCGUUUGGACUCAAGUAUUUGUAAAGUAAAAAUAUUGUAUAUUGUUUCGUUUUUGGAAGAGUUUGGUGAUAUAUGAUAUUUGGGAAUUAAAUAUAUUGUAGAACGAAUAAAGUUGUGUUUACUGAAGCAGAUGUUUGUUUGGAGUUGAAGCUGGUUGGUUGAUCUAUGGGUAUUACUGUUUGUGGUGAUAGUUGUUCAAUUUCAAGGGUAAAGUUUGUUGUUAUCAUAAUGCUGCUUCAGACCCUUUUCAGAUUUGUUUAAGUUUGGAGAGCUUAUUGUGCUAUAUUUUAAAUUCAAAGUGUAUAUCUGCAUAGGCAGAAGGAGGUCUAUUGCAGUGAUAUAAGGUUUCAGUUGCAGUGUUGAGAAGGGUGUUAAAGAUAAUAUAUUUUGGUGUUUAGUCAUUGUAUUGAAGUGUUUGAGAUGGAUAAUUCAAAUCGGUCGUACAGUAGGAAUUCUGAUCAUUUGGGUGUGAAUAAAUUUGGGAAGAAUAUCAACAAGAGUCCUAUACACCAACCCAAUUUUAACAAUGCAAAUAGUGCUAGGCAACAACCUCAACCUCAGGUUUACAAUAUUAACAAGAAUGAUUUUCGGAGCAUUGUUCAGCAACUGACAGGUUCACCAUCUCAAGAGCCUCCAGCUAGACCUCCCCAGAAUCCUUCUAAGCCUCCGAGUAUGAGAUUACAAAAGAUUCGGCCACCACCUUUGACUCCUAUAAAUCGUCCCCAAAUUCCAAUCCACCCUCCAGCACAGAUCCCUGCCCCAGCUCGACCUGCAGGUGGUGUUCCUUACCAGAACAAUAUUGUAAGACCGCCUCCCCACUAUGGUCAGCCCUCACCGUCUAUGUUACCACCAACUCCUGGAGAUGUUUGGACAAAUACAACUGAGUCUCCAAUUUCAGUUUAUAUGCGUUAUCUUCAAAAUUCAAUAAUAGAUUCAGGGCCUAAACUAACACAAUUUCAAGGUCCUGGUCAUAUUCAAGCACAUCCAGCAUCAUCUGGUUUGCUUCCUAAUCCUUCAAUGCCACCUUUUCCAUCUCCUAGAAUGAAUGGCCCGCCUCCUCUCCCAUUUGCUCGGAUGAGUGGUCCUCCUCCGCAUCUUCUAUCUCCUAGAAUGAAUGGGCCACCUCUUCUACCAUCUCCUAGAAUGAAUGGUCCUCCUCCACCUCUUCCUUCUCCGGGAAUAAAUGGGCCUCCUCCUUUGCCUUCACCUACUUCUCAGUAUCUUUUUCCGUCACCCACUGGCUUCUUGAACUUGUUAUCUCCCCGUUCCCCUUAUCCAUUGCUUUCUCCAGGUAUGCAGCAUCCUCCACCGCUGACACCAAAUUUCUUCUUCUCUCCUAUGGCACAGCCUGGAGGUUUUGGCGCUGGACCACAAUUUCCUCCUUCUCCUGGUUAUGGAUUUCCGUUGUCACCUUCUGGGUUCUUCCCCAUGUCAAGUCCAAGAUGGAGGGGUCAAUAGCACCACCACGACGAGAGCUGCUGAUCUUGAUGGAUUCUUUGCUUCGAGUUUUGUCAAGGUGGUAGAUCUCUUUCAAAUUAAAGCUUUUUCGUUGUGGAUAUGCAGUGUAUACAAUGUAAAAGAUCCUUCUGAACGUGUUUAUACUUUUUUUCUUUGUUUUUCUUAACAUUUAUUUCAAAUAUUUGACUCUUUCUAUGUAGAGUUUGUAGCAGAUGUAUCUCUUUAUUUGCGUAGCCCUUAUUUAGUACAUUUAGCAACUCUCAACUGAAUAGUUGAAAAGGUCAGGCUUGUUAGAUGAUAGUUAAUUGAAUUUUAUAUGUAGCUGGAAAGGUUCUUGUAUUCCUUGUAAUGUCAACUUUGGGAUCAAAUAUUUUGGUUCUUUUUCCUA